UUUCAAGCUUGGGCAGCCCAAAAAGCAGAUUGUCCCCAAAACAGUGGAGAGGGACUUUGAAAGGGAGUAUGGAAAACUCCAGCACCAUGUCCAAAUCUGCUGUGAAGAUAUCCUUGGACUUACUCUCCAAUCCACUCUGUGAGCAAGAUCAGGACUUCCUGAGCAUGGUGACGGGAGGCCCUGGACACUGCCAUGAAACGGGGAUGGAUGCCUUCAAUCAGGAGAAGGUGAACCAGAUUCAAAAGACCGUAAUUGAACCCUUUGAAAAGGUGACCUACUUGUCCCUUAGGUUCGGCAGUGUCUUUCCCAGCCUUCACAUGGCUGUGAAGCGGCGCGAGCAGGCCCUACAGGAUUACAGGAGGCUGCAGGCCAAGGUGGAGAAGUACGAAGAGAAGGAGAAGACAGGGCCUGUGCUGGCCAAGCUACACCAGGCCCGAGAAGAGCUUCGGCCUGUGCGGGAUGACUUUGAAGCAAAGAACAAGCAGCUUCUGGAUGAGAUGCCGCGAUUUUACAGCAGCCGGCUUGACUACUUCCAGCCCAGCUUUGAGUCCCUGAUCCGUGCACAGGUCGUGUACUAUUCGGAAAUGCACAAGAUCUUCGGAGACCUGACCCAGCAGCUUGACCAACCUGGCCAAUCAGAUGAGCAGCGGGAACGGGAGAACGAAGCCAGACUGAGCGAGCUCAGGGCCCUCUCCAUUGUGGCCGAUGACUGAGCCAGCCCCACUCGGGGAUUCCUGGGACAUGCCAGCUAUGCUGAUGAUCUUGGCUCUAUCAGGCAGAGCCUGAAGCAGGCUACGAGUGGCAGUGGCACCAGGAGCCUGUCCUCUUACAAGGGCUGCAGGGAUACAACUUGCUUUCAUCCUAGAGAAAUGGCCAGAGGUGUACGUGCUGCUGUCCUCAUCACUCCUCUGGAAAUGUACUUUCAUACUUUAAUACCAAGUUUUACUUCUCUA